CCAGUUCAUAUGAUGGGGCAUGUCGCAGGCCUCUCUCCUAAUGCACUGCAAGGUUUCCAUGUCCAUGAAUUUGGAGACCUCACUCAUGGUUGCAUAUCUACAGGAGAACAUUGGAAUCCCUUCAAUGCUAUGCAUGGCAGUCUCAAAGCUCUCAAACAUAAGAGACAUGCAGGUGACCUCAGAAAUAUCCAGGCUGAUGCAAAUAGUGUAGUGAUUUUGAAUAUAACUAAUGAUCUCAUGACACUCAAAGGACCACUGAGCAUUGUUGGACAUGCUAUUGUUGUUCAUUCAGGUAUAGAUGACUUGAGCAAAGGCCAUAAUCUUUUGUCACUUAUAAAUGGCAAUUCUGGUCCCAGAGUUGCAUGUGUGAUCAUUGGUAUUGCUUCGAAGAUUUGA